CACUGUUAUGUUCCUGAACUUCAUGCCCUUUUAAUGUUGAAUUAGUCUCAGUCUGAGAUCCACAAGAUGCAGACUGGUAUUUGUUUAAUCAUGGCUGGUUGAUUCAGACAUUACAACCAAUCUUUAUAGUUGAUCCCUUGAUCCAGAGUUAUUACCCCGCCUAUGUCGCAAGUCAAUCCGCGUUGGGCUCAAGAGUCAAGAGGAGGUGAUACUGGGGUUGGAAAGUAGGGAAAGUGGGACAGCAGAGAGAGGGCGUAUAGUGUUGUGCACGCGCUUUUCAGGUUAAUGUCUUUCCAACGCGAAGUUUACCGCUGGCUUCCAUCUCGCGGGAGCGGCACGCGCUUGGCGUGUGCCAGUAUUUAGAGGGGGAACACCUCACUCAAUGCCAAAUUUGUGAAGCGGGGUGGAGGAAAUGGCAUUUCAGCUGUUUUUGCAGACCGAGCGCGGCGCUGCUGCUGCUGCUGCUGGUGGUGACGCCUGAAGGGAGCUCUAAGAAAGCGGGAUAUAUCUCUUAGCAGAUGAAGAUGGUGAAUUCAAGCGUUUUAUUAUCGUCAUGGCAAACGGAACCGGCAGCAUCAUGUUGAAAUGCGUGGUCGUCGGCGACGGCGCCGUUGGAAAAACUUGUCUGCUGAUGAGCUAUGCCAACGACGCCUUUCCAGAGGAAUAUGUGCCCACUGUCUUUGAUCAUUAUGCAGUGAGUGUGACCGUUGGGGGAAAACAGUACCUGCUGGGGCUGUAUGACACUGCAGGUCAGGAGGACUAUGAUCGCCUGCGACCCCUGUCCUACCCCAUGACAGAUGUCUUCCUCAUUUGCUUUUCUGUGGUGAAUCCGGCCAGCUUCCAGAACGUAAGAGAGGAGUGGGUCCCAGAGCUGCAGGAGUACGCGCCCAACGUCCCUUACCUGCUCAUUGGCACUCAGAUUGACCUGCGGGAUGACCCCAAGACUAUUGCCAAGCUGAACGACGUGAAGAAGAAGCCCAUUGUGACAGAACAGGGCCAGAAGCUAGCAAAAGAGAUUGGUGCCUGCUGUUAUGUUGAAUGCUCAGCACUGACACAGAAAGGUCUGAAAACUGUGUUCGACGAGGCCAUUAUAGCCAUUCUGGCUCCUAAGAAAGGCGCGCUCAAGCGAAGACUGGGCCCCACGCUGCAUCAACUGCUGCCUCAUCACAUGAUACACCAGCUCAGGGGCGUCCAGGUGAAAGAAGAGCAAGAACUGGCGGUGACCAAUUGACAACCAACCAGAUUACAAUCUGACUUCUGAGCUAAAGGGAGGGAGAACCAAUGGACGCAGUCACCUACAAGUGAAAUAUGAACAAUGGUGCCGUACAGUCCAAGUCAUGGGCAAAUGACAAAAAGACACUUUCUUCAGGGAGGAAAUGACACAAGAACACUAAUCAUUGAGAUGGAAUACAAGGAAAACAACAAAAUGAUUUACUGAACAUACAAGCACAGAGAAUAGACAAGUGAAAGAAAUGAAAAGAUGUCUGAAGACACCCUUUCCUAAUGAACAAUCGAACUGUAUUUCCGCGUCUGGAUCAGCGAGCACGAGUACGAAACCCAGACAAGCCUAAACAGCACAACCAAACCCAUCUGUCAUUUACAGAAGUAAGACUUUAUUCAACUUCAAAAAGGGAAACUCAGCAUCUUAAUUUGGGUUGCAAAACAGUUGCUUUUUACAAAAUGUCUCAAGUCAGUACUGGUUUUAUUUACAAGAAGGAAGAGGGGAAUUCUCAAAUAAAUAUACUGCCAUUAUGAGCAUACAACAAAUUAAAUGUCUAUUCUCAAAAAAA